AUGGCUACAGGUGCAGAGGAGGACUACGAUUCGCGCGUUCACAGUUUCGGUUCUCGUCCAAAGCAGCCAGGAUCUCUGACAAGUGAGACUGGCAGCAAGACUGACAGCAAAACUGACUCUGUGGAACACGUAUUCACCAUCGUUUCAUGUACCGCUGCACCCAGUCCUGCGCGGCGAGAAGCACGUCGACAUGCUCUACCUGGACAAUUCCUACUGCAACCCAACCUGUAUCUUCCCUACUCGGGAAAAAGCCACAGACAAAUACUGGAUAUUGUGCGCCAGGCUGACCCGCGGCAACAGCGUGUUUACAUCGUGACGUACAACAUUGGCAAAGAGAAUUUACUGGAGAAGAUCGCACUUGCCAUGCGAGUACCAAUUGUGGUGAGCAAAAAGAGGAUGGUACUGCAGCUGCUGGGAGUGCGUGACGUAUUCACAACAGAAGAGGAGUCACACAUUCACUCUGUGACAAUGUCAGAGGCUGGAAACAUAAUACACCGGUUGGAAUCUGACUGGUAUGGAGACAUUGUCAUCCGGCCCACUGCCCUGCUGACGGCCAAGCGACCAACAGACAUUGGACAAGGUUCCAACAGCAAGUGCCAUAUGGUUCCAUACUCUGACCAUUCAUCGUUCAGUGAACUGCAGCAGUUUGUCGCCGCCGUGAAUCCUGUUCACCUGCGCGGCAUCUUGAGCGGUGACUCCGGCGCAGCCAAGAACUUCUCCUGCACGAUUCUAUACCCGCUGUGUCGGGCCAAGGAGGGCAAGAUCUGGUUACCAGCCACCACGUCGGAAACAACUCUGCUUCAAGAGGCGGGAAAGGUGUCAACAUCGCCAACACGUAUUGCAGCAGCAUUCCGUUUCAAAAGGCGGGGAAGCACACAGGCUCGCCCGGCAUCGUCCAAGAAAAUCUGCUAUCACGACACAGAGACUGACGGGUGCACUGAAGUCAGCCCGCAGAAUGGAGAAGACGAUCGGAAACCAUUGGCGAGCAAACUGGUCGAGAGCAGUCGCAAACCAGCCCCGGCAAGCCAUUCAGACACACCCGCUGAGCCACUAGUACCAUACCGGCCUCGUCUUAACUGCAUCUUUUCCAACAAGACAGCUGCUGGCUACCUGUUGCCCUCGACCAGUGAGAAAGUAAGCGGCCGUGACGCUGAUGAUGAGGUAUUACUACUCAAGCGCACAACUAGCUCAGAUUCAGCGAUAGUUGAUCAAGACGUGACCUCUGCCACCUCGCCAAUGCUACUACAGUGUGAGGAUACCAAGGAGACCUCCGUUAGCUGGGACGAGUCCUGUAGUGCUGGCACUGCAGAUCUCACUACACCACGGACUGUCUCUACCGAGGAUGAGUGCCCGCCGCCAGAGACUGUGAUCAGCUCCAGCACCUGCCAUCAAUCCGACGAAAAUAGCAAAGACAGGGCGUGGAGCACUUCGGGACACGAGGUCCAUGCAGCACAUGCCAAGAAGGACAACGCCUGUCAGCCACCAGCAGCAGCCUGGACGAAACCUUCCAACAUGCCGAGCAAAGACUCCACCAAUGUUGACUCGUCGCAUGGGGGCACUAAGCAUCAGCAAGAUGCGCCUCUCCUGUCCUCCACCAGCAAUUCGAGCAUUUCCUCGCAGAUCCUGCUUGGCACCUCACAGCUCAAGAAAAUAGGAAAAGCACGGAAACUUCUGUCCACGAAACGAUACCCAAAGUCAUGCACCCCGUCUAAAUAAAUCGCUCCGUCAUAUUGCAACGUCCGACAUGUACUACUACUAAUACUGGCACAUGAAAUCUGAUAUAUCUAUUUACUUUUCAGGUAGCACAACACGCACGUGCACACCCACACAUGCGCACACGCAUACACACUGACAAUAUGUCACACAUGCGCCGUUUAUACCAAACUAGUAUUCUUCUCCUAGGAACGUGUAGUUUUUGAUACUGCAUGAUUCCUAUCUAUUUUAUUUCGUAUCUCCCUCAAUAUUAUUCUCUCUUCUCUAUGUGCACAGACACCAUAGGAGUCACAACGUGGAACACAAUGUUGUAGAUCUACAUGUACCUGCAGCUGUGACCGUCCACAAGCGAGUGGGCAUAUAUCCACUUUUAGAGUAACAAUUUUUUUAUCGUAGGCACCCUACUUUGUUUUGUAUAUCGUCCUUUUUGUGUAGCCUGAAAACUACGAAGUGCUACUAUGAGA